CUUGACACCUCCAAGUUAAACAAAAAGAAAAACAAAGGACGCUUGCGAAAAUGCUGAAAUUUAAUAUUUUAAUAUUUCUCAUGUUCUCAAGCGCUAUUGCGAUUGCGUCUUCAAAUUCCUGCGAGACAAUGCUGCACAAUCUGGCCAACACACAACAGCUAUAUGUGUUCUGUACAACUGCACAUGCCGUGCCUGUCAAGAUCUGUAAUGGCUGCGGACAGCAGUACCUAAAUAUGAAAAAUGAAUACACCCAGCUGAUGAACGAUAUAAAUUGCUCAAAACAGUAUUCAGAGAGUGAUCGCAUAAAUGUGGUCGGCACAACACAAAGUGUACUGACUGGGCUUUGGAAUCGAGCUAAUUGUGAUGAUUGCAUAAAAGGAAAUCAUUCAGACGAGUAUGACACCAUAUGGGCAAAAUGGGCAGAGUGCCUCGAAAAUAACAAAAAAAACAAUUUAGAGUGCAUAGCAUGUCUUCCUCAGUAUUUGGAAUUGAAUGAUUUCUACAGGGAACUUGAAAAGAAAAACAUUGGUAAAGUCUGCUUCGACUUGCAGGAUUCGAUGAAUCGCUCCCGAGUUCUCUGGUCCAAGGAGUUGAAGUGCUGCCAACGGGAACCCCGAUUAGCCGCAUUUAUUAGUAGCGUAGGCGUGGUAACUGCGAUCAUAGUGCUCUUCUAUGCUGGUGUUGUGUUUCUCACCCUGCGGCGUGAAGCAAAUCAUGGCACGCUCAAUGACACAGCACCCGAACUGGAUGCACCCUCGACAUCAUCGCUCAUAACUGCCGCUAUCUUGUCCACAACGAGUGCUGAUGAGACAUCUAGCAUAUCGGCGAGGGAAGAGAAGAUUAAUUCUAUACUCGCUACAGCCGAGGAUUCCAGUGACUCUGACGACCCGUUGCCAACAUUUAAGUCAAAGUUGAGCUAGUAUCUUGUGCCAAAUUAAUUGCUUAUGUAUACUUACAUAUACAAGUAUAUCGAAUAUGCAAAUUAUCUUAUGUAUGUACAUAGUUUUAAGUAAAGCAAAGCUUUUUUAAAAAACAUUAAA